CAUCUGCCAACGGUUUCAAAGAUUGAAGGGGGAACUACCAGAUAGGUGUCCAUGACGCAAGCUCAAAACUUCAUUAUUCUUUUGAGAGAAAUAUACAGGCGGCUUCAGAUUGACCUAACUUUAGUUUAACCUAGGUACUAACUAGGUAGUUCCAUAAAGUCUAUGGCGCCGCUGGCCAGCCUAGCUUCUAUCCAAGGAAUUUAGUCGUCUCGGAUUGCCCCAGGAACUCGGACAGGACUUAUGACAUGGUUUUUUUUUUCAUCGUCCACCUUAUUAAUCCUUGGCCUUGAAGACUACCUACCUAACAACCACUAACAGCCACCAGCAACAACAUGAGUGGUGGACCGGGUCGCGGACCCGGAUCGUACGCACUUACAUAUGGGCAAAUCUCAUUAGUCUACGAAGAGCUUACAAGACCUUUAAAGAUAACAAUAUAAUAGAGAGGUAUGCAUCCACUCAUGAGCUUACUUAGGUCGAUCGUGAGUGCGGCCAGCAUUCAUCCAGAGGGCAGUGUCCCCUCUACUGGUUACAGCCAUGUACCCGUGCGGCUGCCAACUCGCACAGAUACCUCGAAUACAUACUACUCUCAAAUGAAAAGGAUUUUGAAUUCCUCAUGUGUAGUAUAUGUAUCUAGCAAGGGUUUUGCGUCGAUUUGUCUCCCCCCACGUCUUCGGCGAAUCUAGCUUCUGCUACUAGAAUUGCCUAGGGUUCUAGAAUGCUCAGAAUGCGCUAUCUAGUCAGGGGGGUUUCCAUCGAGCUUCUCAUCUCUAACCCGACGGGGACAGAUCCUUAUCCGCAUUCACUAUCUGAAUUUGACGGAGUACUUACCCUAGCGGAGAGUAACGAUGCAACGGCGAAAAUAGGACAUAUAGCCAAACCCCUUCCCAGGGAGCAUCACCGAUCAUAACCAUCCCUUGUCACUUGACUUAGAUGUCGUCACUGACUCGCAAGAUCCACGGUUGCUUUGUGCCCAGCUAUUACUCGGCACUUAAUCAUCAUCCGACUCGUUUUCAUGGUACAAAUUCUCCAUUUCGACACUAUUAAGAGCGCAAUAUUCCUACCAAAAGCGCAGCGUUCCUUGAGGAAGUCUAGUCAGACUCUGGUGGAUCAACAUGGGCUCUGCAAGCAUUGCACUUGAUAUGCCGUCUACUUCCAGCACUCUUCGCACACCGCUAUCUUAGAUUUUAUAACCUACCGAUCUUUGGAGCGGUGGACGGUGCUACUGUGGUCGCUGGUCCACUGGACGGCUACGCCAUGCUUUGUGAGGAAGACCGAAGAGUGUCAAAUUCGAUGCGCUAGGCUUUAGCCAUACGGAAACUCCCCGUUAGAAGUGCUGUGAGAUCAAAGCAGCUUACCGACCUAGGCAGGAAUGUUAGGCAUGUUGUUAGGUAUGUUUAAUGUUUAGUUGGCCCCCUCCCUAGACCAACUGCCAUUUUCUGUUUGCGCGCAGUUAAGUAUUUCCUGUUCACAUUGCGCCAUCGAAACCUUUCAUUUCCUUUUGUAGAUUUUUUUCCUCAUCUCCGGCUUUAAAGAUCUACUCUCCUGCGGGGAUUGUUGGAGGUCGUGUGACCUGCUUACCUACAGCGCUUUUCUUAUACCCAGAGACCAACUAUUGGCCAGGAUGCAAAGCGCAAGCAUCACCACAGCAAUCCCCCCCCCCGUGACCUCCUCACGGAUAGGAAGGCUAGCGACUAUAGAAUUCAUAUGUCUUAGUGUCAUGAGGAACCUGACGCAAUUUGAUGCCUGGGGUCAAAUUAAGAAUCCCUCAUAGAAGGGUCGCAUCCGGCUGAAAGUUGAUAAGUCUCUAUUCCCCGCCCUUUCCUGCGACAAGUGCUUCGCCGAUCUACAUACAGCACGUUCCAGGGCUCGCUUGACGAGAAAGGGCCUAAAAGAUAACAACUACAUACCAUAUAGAGCAACUCCACAUUUUCAAUAAAAGCCAUGUGCACUACGCGCGCAAGUGCUCACACCGGGCUGCCUUACUUUUUUGCCUUCUUCAAAAGAGCCGAGGCCUCGUGAAAACCCAAGGAUUCUUUCGCACCUCCAAGGCUUCAAGGCUUCAAGACCCCGAAUAGAGAGAAGUCUUUCGGGUUUGAAGCGUGCUGAACGACCAAAGAGACCAGACGCUGUAUGGAUUAUUUCUCUGACGCCAGUUAGCCACAUGGCGGCGUCUAUUACGAGAAAUAUUGAAACGUUCCCCAGCGCUUAUCUCUUAGGUAUAUUCAACUUGUAUAUUUCAAGUUCACGUGGGUAUCUUCUAUCUGUCAUUUUCUUGGUUUUCUAGUUCUCUAGCUCUCUAGGCUCUAGACCGAGUAUCGUUCUGGAGGCUUCCUAUUUAGGAAGUCGUCAUUCUCGUUAUCCCGAUUGGCUCAAUGGCCUAACCGAGUCGGAGCCCGGCUACGAGGCUCUCGGGGGUAACAUAAUGUCAUUCGUUUAUG